AUGCGGGCUGCCGUGCUGAAGAUGUGGCCGGAGAGAAACCUCUCACUGGAGUCCAACCAUUCGCUGCUCUGCAGCCUGGCGGGGGGAAAGGGGAACAGCAGCGUCUGGUUAUCUCCCCAGGAUGUGGUGGUCGGAGUGCUGCUCACUGUUAUUGACCUGGUCACCUUCUUGGGCAACACUGUGGUGUUCAUCUGCCCGGCUUUGGAGAAAAGACUCAGGACCGUCACUUAUAUGUUCAUCAUGUCAUUGGCCAUGGCAGAUUUACUCCUUGCUUGUCUUGUUAUGCCCUUCAGUAUUAUUUAUGAAGUAACUGGAGUGUGGAUGUUUGGUAGACAGUUCUGUAAAGUCUGGAUCUCCUUCGAUGUCAUGUUCUGCACGGCGUCCAUCGUCACUCUGUGUUUCAUCAGCUUGGACCGGUACUGCUCAGUCGUCACUCCUUACCACUACCCGAAGAGGAUGUCCCGCAAAAGAUGCAUCAUAAUGGCAGUGACAAUUUGGGUCUACUCAUCAUUAAUAUCGUUUCUACCCGUGAUGCAAGGAUGGAACGAGAUACCAGGCGUCAAUUUUGAUGCCGGGACAGAAUGCGUCUUUGUGACCAACUGGGCGUUUGCUAUCGUGGCAUCCGCCUUGGCAUUCUACAUCCCCUUCCUGAUCAUGUGCAGCAUGUACUUCUUCAUCUACCGGGCAUCCCGCCUGAAAUCCAGCCGGAUUAUGGCACAGACUCUGGACCUCCAUUACCACCCCAAUAGCAAGCGGCCAAAUAACCUACAGCUGGAAAACAAAGCCACGCGGACAAUGAGCAUCAUCAUUUCCGUUUUUGUCAUGUGCUGGCUCCCUUACUUUGUCUUUAAUGUCUGGCUAGCAGUCCAUGGUGCCGAGUCGACCAGCGAUGUCAUCACCCAUGUCUUUAAAGUAAUAACAUGGUUGGGCUACUGCAAUUCCACCAUCAACCCCAUGCUUUACGCCUUCCUCAAUCGUGACUUCCAGCGGGCACUGAAGAAGCUGCUCAUCUGCCGGCGCUGGAGGACACAGGUGGACAUUGGUGAGGACAUGGUAUCCAUUGUAACCUUCUCUAAGACAGCCCAGGAUGCUGAGUACAAUACUAAGGUGACCAACGUUCCCAAUGGAAACAAAAGCAAAUCCAAGCAAUAG